AUGGCUUCAAGUAGCAGUUCAUCUGGUUAUUCUGGUUUGUCUCAUCCUUUAGUGCCUCAGUUCAGUGGAGAAGAUUAUGAUCACUGGAGUAUCAUGAUGAAGACUUUAUUUCGCUGCAAUAGUUUAUGGGAAGUGGUUGAAAAAGGUUUCUCUGAAGAAGAAGCAAAGGUAGAAGGAAAUAGACAGAAGGAUGCUCAUGCCUUAUUUCUUAUUCAGCAGGGUGUACAACGUUCCUUGUUUUCUAGAAUUGCAGCUGCCAACACUGCAAAGGAAGCAUGGGAUGCUCUUAAAAUCCAAUUUCAAGGAAGUCCAAAGAUCAUGGCGUUGAGAAUCCAAGCUUUGAGGCAAUCCUUCGAGAAUUUACACAAAAAAGAGAAUGAAGGAAUUCAGGCAUAUAUUGCUAGAGUUACUGAUUUGGUUAAUCAGAUGAAAGGGUUAGGAGAUCAAAUAUCUGAAUCUCUUGUUGUUGGGAAAGUUCUUAGAAGCCUGGGUCCCAAAUACAAUUUCAUAGUUGCAGCAAUUGGUGAAGCUAAGGAUCUUACAAAAUUAACUAUGGAUGAGUUAGCUGGCUCACUUCAAGCUCAUGAAAAUUUGUUGUUAAGUCAAGAUGAUGUGUCUGUUGAGAAGGUUCUUGUAAGUAACUCAGAAGACAAAACUCUCAUCAUGAAGGGAGAAUCAACUAGCAGUGAGGAUUGGCAUUUCAAUCGUGGGAGAGGCAGGAGCUUCUCAAGAGGAAGGGGAAGGAAUUAUGGCAGAAGCAGAGGCAGAUUUAGUAAUGAUGUUACCACAGAGAGUAAUCAAAGAAGUAAUUCUGCAGAUCAAAGUGACAGGAAUAUAGGAGAAAGCUCAAGCUCUAGUGGUGGUAAGAAUACUGAUGCAGAAUUUGGAGGUCUCUUCAUGGUGCAUACUGAAAUUCGUUCACCACAUCCUUCAAUUUGGUUGCUUGAUAGUGGCUGUUCCAGUCAUAUGACAGGAAGGAAGGAAUUAUUUUUCAAAUUAGAUGAGAAUCAAAGGCAUGUGGUCAAACUGGGAGAUAAUAAAGAAAUGCAGGUGGCUGGGAAAGGAUCUGUUGCAGUGACUACUCAGAUUGGUGAAACAAAAUUGAUACAUAAUGUCCAAUAUGUGCCCAAUUUAGCUCAUAACCUACUUAGUGUAGGUCAAUUAAUUGCUAAUGGUUAUCAGUUGAUAUUUGAAAAGAGGAGGUGCAGAAUUAUUGACGAAAAGGCUGGUAUUCAAUUGAUGGUUGUGAAUCAGAACAAAAAUAAUUUAUUUCCAAUUGAAUUUUCACAAAUUGGGCAAACAAAUGCUGCUAUAUCAGACAGUGGAAAUUCUCAAUUAUGGCAUGAUAGAUAUGGUCAUCUGAAUUUCGAAAGUCUACAAGUGCUGCAUCAUAAACAAAUGGUUAUUGGACUGCCUGAGGUGAAACAGUUCAGCUGUUGUGAAUCUUGUAUUUUUGGCAAGUUAUCAAGACAACCAUUUUAUUCUGGAAAGUCUUGGAGAGCCAAAGAAAGGUUACAAUUGGUGCAUUCUGAUCUAUGUGGCCCCAUGCAAGUAGAUUCACUUGGAGGAUCCAGGGAUGUCAGGUUUGAUGAACAGAAACAUUGGGAGUGGGAAUCAGAAAAUUCAUCUUCUCACAGAAUUAUCUCAUCAAGUGUACCAAUUGUUGGUAACAGUUCUGGCAAUAACUUAGCAGAUGGCAGUAGAGUUAUAGAUACUACAAGGGAAUCAGAUUCAACAAGCAACAGUGAUACAGAAGUGCAAAGUGCAUCAAGUAAUGAUCAAAGUGAAGACAGUCCACCAGCAAAAAUUAGAACACUCAGAGAAAUUUAUGAGAAUUGUUCUUUUGUUUUAAAUGUUUCUGAUCCAGUAACUUAUGAAGAAGCUCAGAGAAUUCCAGAAUGGAGAGAGGCAAUGAAUGCUGAAUUAUCUUCUAUUAAUAGAAACCAUACUUGGGAAUUAAUUUCUCCACCACCAGGAAAGAAAAUAAUAGGGGUAAAAUGGAUCUUCAAAAGAAAAUACAAAGCAAAUGGUGAAGUCGACAAAUGCAAAGCUAGAUUGGUUGCUAAAGGUUACACACAAGAAUAUGGUGUUGACUAUGAAGAAAUAUUUGCUCCUGUGGCAAGAAUGGAUACUAUCAGACUUCUAAUUGCUCUGGCAGCUCACAAGAAUUGGGCAAUUUUCCAAUUGGACAUAAAAUCUGCAUUCUUGAAUGGGGAAAUUGAAGAAGAAGUUUAUGUUGAACAACCUAAGGGAUAUGUAAUUCAGGGAAAAGAACAAAUGGUUUAUAAAUUGCACAAAGCUCUCUAUGGAUUAAAACAAGCUCCAAGAGCCUGGUAUGGAAAAUUUGAUGCAUAUUUACAGCAACAAGGGUUCAAGAGAAGCAUGACAGAACAUACUUUAUAUACGAAGGUUGGAGAAAAGGAAGAAAUGAUCAUAGUUUGCAUAUAUGUUGAUGAUGUGAUUUAUAUGAGUCCUUCUCUUGAAAUGAUGAAUAGAUUCAAAGAUGAUAUGAAGAGAAAUUUUGAAAUGACUGAUUUGGGUUUACUCUCUUAUUUCUUGGGCUUGGAGAUUAAACAAGACACAUUAGGAAUUCAUGUGUCACAGAAGAAGUAUAUAGAAGAUCUGCUUAAAAGCUUUAAUAUGUUCAACUGUAAGCCAUCUUCCACACCUUUGUGUACCAAUGCAAAAUUGAAUCUAUUUGAUGAAGCAGAACCAGCAGAUAUCACUGCAUACAGAAAGCUGAUUGGAAAAUUAAUUUAUGUGACUCAAUCUAGACCUGACAUAGCUUUUUCAGUUAAUUUGCUUUCUAGGUUUAUGCAUCAACCUACAAGAAAUCAAUAUGGAGCUGCAAAGCAAAUUCUUAGAUAUUUAGCAGGAUCUAUGGAUUUUGGAAUUUACUAUGAAAGAGGAAAUGAAUGCAAAUUAAUGUGCUACUCUGACAGUGAUUGGGGUGGAAAUCUGGUUGAUAGGAAAAGCACAACAGGGGCUGCAUUCACAUUUGGAUCAGGUAUUGUUUCUUGGAUAUCAAAAAAACAAGAAAUAGUUACAUUGUCUUCAACUGAAGCAGAAUAUGUUGCUUUAUGUGGAGCAUGUUGUCAAAGCUUAUGGCUCAAAAGAAUUUUAUCAGACUGUGGAGAAAUUUUUGAUGAUCCAAUCCCAAUAUGGUGUGAUAACAGAUCCUGUAUUGCAAUUGCAAAAAAUCCGGUGCUUCACGGGAGAACAAAACACAUUGAUGUGAAAUAUCAUUUCAUUCGUGAACUUGUGACAGAGAAUUCAAUUCAAUUAUUGUUUUGUAAUACUGAAGAACAGUUAGCUGACAUAUUUACAAAAUGUGUUGAUGCUAAGAAGCUUUACAAGUUCAGAGAUCUUCUGGGUAUAUGUAGUCUUCAAUCAAGGGGAAGAAAUGUUGGAGUGACUGAAGACAUCAAGGAUACUGAAAUUCAGAAUGAACUGAAGAAGCUGAAGAAGUGAAAUAGUUGGUUUAUGGAGGGAACUGUGGAAUUGAAAUGGAAAGCUAGGAUUUAAUCAUCAAGGUUUGGGUGUCUAAGUUCGAGGCAAUAGUUUAUCUUGUUUGUAUCUGGUUAAUUGAGUCCUUGUUUGUGUGUUUAGUCAAAGGAGGCCAUGUGGGUUG